AUGGAGAAGGGUGGCGGCGGCAGCGAGAGCGCCGCCAAGCGGGCGAGGCUCUCCUCCGGUGAUGUCGAUUCGGCCGCCGCCGCAGGCGAGGACCGGCUCAGCGCGCUCCACGACGACGUCCUCGUCUCCAUCCUCCUCCACCUCAGCACCCGAGCCGCCGCGCGGACCACCGUCCUCUCCGGCCACUGGCGCCGCAUCUGGGCCCUCCUCCCGGAGCUCCGCUUCGGGGUCUGGCUCCCCGCCGCCGCGCCCCGCGUCUCCGGCGUCCUAACCCUUCUCAACUACGGUCCGCGAUAUGGUGCCAAGAAGGAGGAUGAAGCCGCGCAAAGAGGCGCUUUUGAGCUCCCCUGCUUUGAGAAGGCCACUGCGAUUUAUCUCUUGUUGGAUUUUCUGGGCCUCGCCAUGCCUCCCGCAGACGUUUCCACCCGGCUCACAAGGAUCUACCUCCUCCUGAGCGUCUGGUUCCACGGCCCAGGCGAUCUAGGCGACGUCGUUUCCUCGCCGCGGUGCCCGUGCUUGCAGAGGCUCGACGUGGACGGCGCCCGUGGGCUGGGUGGCCUCUCCAUACAUUCGGAGUCUAUGCUGCAGUUGGAGCUCAAGAACAUGCGUGCCUUGUCUCAGCUCACCGUUGUGGCACCGGCGCUCAAGGAGUUAACUUUGGAAUUCUGCUUUGCCAAGAGUGGACCUGUCGCCAACAUCACAACCCCUUUGCUGGCGAAUCUUGUGUGGAAUGAUGUGUAUGAUCUGAGCUCUGUCAACCUUGGCAAGAUGGAACAUCUCCGAUUGCUGGGCACGUACUCUUGUUUUGUUUAUGAAUACAAUCACUUCAUGAGGAAUCAGUCUUGUGUAAGUCUGUUGCAGCGCUUUGAGGGCAUCGAAACUCUUCUUCUAACGCUGGCCUAUCCGCUGGUGAGUUCUCACUUCUCUUAUCUGGAUCGAAUUAUGCCAUUGCCAUCUUAUUUGUACCAUGGUAGUCUAUCCAUCCAGGUUCUUAUGUGA